CCUAAACCCUCAGCAGCUGCUACUGUCCGCCGGCCGCUCUCUCUUAACACUCUUCUCCGUUUCUCUGACGGAGCUUCGGCUGAAAAGCUUGCAUAUCGCUUUCGCCUUUCGAUUUCCCGCUAAGUUCCCGGCCGAAGCAACGAAUUCUGGGUCUUAAUCUAAUUCUCCGGAGCUAUGAAGUUCCUCCUUCAAUCCUUUUCCGGGCAGAAUCGAUGUCUGAUCCGAGCUUUGGGUCGCCGGUACUGUGCGGCGGCAUCAACGGAGGAAUAUUCAAAGAGGAACUAUGCCAACAACCUCUCUGAAUACAAUACAGUUGUCAAUUCUAUCACAGCGCAGCGAAGGAGCUUUCUGCUGAGGGAUGUGUAUGACGAUAUGAUUUUAGAUGGGGUGAAGCCUUCGGCAGAUAUAUUCCAUUCUUUGGUUGUUGGAGUGAUGAAGCGUGCUCGGCUUCAGGAUGCCUUGUUCUUCCGCGAAGAAAUGAAGACCCUGGGAAUUGCUCCAGAUGUUAAUUUGUACAACUUCUUGAUUUCUACCUGUGGUAAAUGCAAGAAUUCAAAUGAAGCCAUCCGGGUAUUUGAAGAGAUGAAGAGAUAUGAAGUAAAACCAAAUGCGCAGACCUAUAUCUGCCUGCUAAACGCAUGUGCUGCAGCUGGCCGAUUGGAUCGUGUGUAUGCUAUAGUACGUGAUAUGACUGCUGCUGGUGCUGGUUUGAACAGGUUCUGCUAUGCAGGACUUAUAACCGCACACCUAAAUAAGGUUCCUAGACAAGAUGACCUUUCCACUAAGAUUCUGGAGCUUGUUGAGCAGUCAAAAGGAUGGUCAUCAGUUGAUGCAUCGAGAAGAAGUGCAGAGAAUAUGAUGUAUGGUGUUAGUGAAGAGGAGCUGUACAACACUCCAACUGCAGAGUACACCCACAGGCCCCGGUUUUUCCAGAGGAACCUAACUGUGUAUCACGUAGCAUUCAGUGCCCUUGCUGACCUCAAAGACGUGAAAGCAUUGGAAGCUCUUUUAGAGAUGCUUAAGCAGGAUGGUCAUGAAACUGACACUUAUAUGGUUAUACAAAUUAUAAGAUGUUAUCUACACUCUGGUGACCUCGAUACUGGUCUCAAAUGGUUUGAAGAUUACAUGAGCACAGGCAAAGCCCCCGUUAUUGAACUAUAUACGACCUUAGUUGAAGGGGCCAUGGUGGGAUACACCCCAAAGGGAAUGCAGCUUGCUCAAGAUACUCUGGUUCAGAUGAACGACCGCAACUUUUUCUUGGAUCCAAAGAACGGAGCCUAUCUGCUGGAAAAAGCUGCUGGUGAAAAGACGGGUGGAUACACAACGGCGAAUUACAUAUGGGACCUGAUGCAGGCCAGGAAGAUUAUCCCUACCCUACCUGCUGCUGAAGCUUAUUACAAGGGAUUGAAGGAACGAGAAAUUCCGCAAGAUGAUCCAAGGUUGAUGCUAGUGACGCGUACAUACGAUAGCUUGCGUCUUAGGGUCGGGACAGGAUCUACUCGGCAGUAGCUCUCACCAAGAAGUUGAUUGAUAAUGGCGGUCUGGAGGAUGCUUUAGAUUAUUACAGGGCUUUCUGUUUUGUAAGAUAUUUUGUUUCUGGAUCUGUUGAAGAAGAUCUCUUCAAGCACAUUUGGGUUUGUUACCACACCACCUCUUUUAUCCGAAUAAAGACCGGAUGGAUGUUCUUGUCUUCA